AUGUCUUCCAGCCUCGAUCAAUUGAAGGCCACCGGCACCACGGUCGUCUGCGACUCCGGCGACUUCGCGACCAUCGACAAGUACAAGCCCCAGGAUGCGACCACCAACCCCUCGCUCAUCCUCGCCGCCUCCAAGAAGCCCGAGUACGCCAAGCUGAUCGAUGCCGCCGUCCAGUACGGCAAGAAGCACGGCAAGGACCUCGACCAGCAGGUCGACAUCACUCUGGACAACCUGCUCGUGCAGUUCGGAAGUGAGAUCCUCAAGAUCAUCCCCGGCAAGGUCUCGACUGAGGUGGACGCGCGCUUCUCCUUCUCCACCGAGCAGUCGGUGAACAAGGCCCUGCGCAUCAUCGACCUCUACAAGGAGGCUGGCAUUGACAAGGACCGUAUUCUCAUCAAGAUAGCCUCAACAUGGGAGGGCAUCAAGGCCGCCGAGAUCCUUCAGUCCAAGUACGGCAUCAACACCAACCUGACCCUCAUGUUCUCGCUCACCCAGGCCAUUGCCGCCGCUGAGGCCGGCGCCUACCUCAUCUCUCCCUUCGUCGGCCGCAUCCUCGACUGGUACAAGGCCGCGACCAAGAAGGAGUACUCCGCUCAGGAGGACCCCGGUGUCAAGUCCGUUGGCACCAUCUUCAACUACUACAAGAAGUACGGCUACAACACCAUUGUCAUGGGUGCCUCUUUCAGGAACAUUGGCGAGAUCACCGAGCUCGCUGGCUGCGACUACCUGACCAUUGCUCCCAACCUGCUCGAGCAGCUGUACAACUCCAAGGACGAGGUGCCCAAGAAGCUCGAUGCUUCCAACGCCAACUCGCUCGACAUCGAGAAGAAGACGUACAUCAACAGCGAGGCCGACUUCCGCUUCGACUUCAACGAGGAGCAGAUGGCCGUCGAGAAGCUGCGCGAGGGUAUCUCCAAGUUCGCUGCUGAUGCCGAGACGCUCAAGGCCAUCCUGCGGGAGAAGGUCCAGGCUUAG